GCCAAUUAACUAAAAAAAGACAAAAUUAUAAUUAUAUAAAAACAAAGGUACUAUAAUAAUAGAAAAUUAGAAAAAAAAACUUCAAUUAAAAUCACAUACAAAAAAAAUAGAAAAAAACUAUUGUUUAGUGAGAGAAAAAAACAAAAAGAAACGUGUUUGUGAACUCUCAACAUCAACCAACCCAAAAGAUUUUCUAGUACUUAUCAAUUAAAAUGGAUAAAAUAUUUCGUGCCAAUUUGGAAUUUGUACGAGAAGAUGAUUAUGUAGAAUAUUUCAUAUUUCCCAAACUUAAAAACACCUUGAGUAAUGAUGAAAAUGAACAUGAACAACUGAUACGUCAAGAACUGGAAGAGGUGCGCGGCCAUUGUAUGAAAUUGGUGGAACAACUUAUUAAGGAACGUCAAUAUAUCUGGCAUAAAGAUGAAUUUCAAUUACGUAUACGUACAUGUACAAAACAGGAGAUAUUAUUGAAUGAUGAUGAGUCAACAUCAGCGUCAACAAAGGAAAAGGCAACAAGCAAAAAUGCACAAGAAGACUCUUUACCUCCCCACUUGCAUGGUGUCACUCAUUACGGUGACAAUAUUGCCGAUGAAUGGUUUAUCGUUUUUCUUCUGAAACAACUAACAAAAGAAUUUCCCAACAUUACUGCACGAGUCAUUGACUCGGAUGGGGAAUUUUUGUUAAUUGAAGCAGCUGAUGUUUUGCCAAAAUGGGCGAAUCCCGAUACUUGUGAACAGCGAGUUUAUUUAGCAAAUGGUUGUAUGCAUUUAGUACAGAAUUCACCCUCGAAUACGGUUAAAAUAAUGUCGGUGGCUACGGCUGUGUCGAAAAUUCAAGAUAAUCAAACGCUCUAUAAGGUUUCGAAGGAAAUACAAAGUUGUAUUGAUGAAAGAAUGAAGGACUUCGAAACUUUGGAAAAUACAAAUUUACAUCAUCAAAUUGUGCGUCUGCCCCUGGGAGUGGCCAUGAUUUUGAAAAAGCAACCAUCUUUAAUAGCGGCUGCAGUGAGAGCAUUUUGUGAACGUGAUCCCAUUGACAUGAAAGCCUGUCGUUCUAUGCGUUAUUUUCCUCCCGAACAGCGAGUACGCACCAAUGUUUGUUUCACCAAAUGUCUGUAUGCCAUGAUAAUGCACAGUAAUUAUACGCCUGAUCGUAAAAUUGGUUGGAAUUUAACGGGCAGUCCUAGUAGCGAGGAAUAUAAAGAGGAUUUAUUGGGCAUUAAGUUGGCAUGUGGUUUUGAAAUAUUAGCCUCCCAGGCUAAAGAUGCCAAGGAUGAAGAGAAUUCACCCACAUGGAAGGCAUAUGUAAGAAGUCUACAAGCUAAAGGUUAUUUUCGUGAAAAUAUUGAAGGUUCAGCAGACUAUAAGAAACUAUUGGAACAGGCUAAAUUGUAUUUCAAAGACAAUCAAACACGUUUUCGUACAGCUCCCCUGGUGGGCAAGGAGAUUUUGGAUUUAUUAAGAAGCACUGAAAUAAAUGCAGAAGAAUUAAGAGAUGAGGAAAAUAAUUUAAGGCCCAGUGAUUCGGAUGAUUGGCUUAACAUAACAGCCGAACAAUUGGAUGCCAUGCUGACAGAACGUUAUGGUCCUAAAAAACUUUACAAAUCGAAUGGUGAUAUAAAUGCUGAGGAAUUUACUAAAAAUAUAGCCGAGUUUUUGGAAAAACAAUCGGCCUUCGAGGGCAUAGAACGUGAUUCAGAUGAUGACAGCACUGAUGAAGAAACCGCUUCAGCUAGACGCUUUAACAAUAGAGCCGAUUUCAAGGCUAAAGUUAAGAAGAACAAUUCUAUGCGUCAAGCAUGUCGCAAAAACCCUGUGCAGUUAAAUCAAUCCAUUAAUACCUCAGAUGCCGAUGAAAGUUUUACCACACAAGUUAAAAGCUUUUUAGAUUUUGUUAUACCCGAAGAUAAAUGGGAUUCAAAUUCCGAAAUGAGUGACUAUGAGGAUGAAGAUGAUAUGGAGCGUAAUUUUGCCGCCAUGGCAGAUGCUGAAAAACAUAUAGAUGCUGACAUCAAAGCUUACAUGGAUCAAAUGGAUCGUGAAUUGGCUAAAACUACUAUAGGACAAAGUUUCUCUGCGGCAAGUACUAAAAAAACAAAAACUACUGCCUCUAAGGCCACUGCGGAAGAUGAUUUUGAUGAUAUAGAAGAUUUCGAACCCAUUAAUAUAAAUGUGAAUACUUUGAAAAACAUGAUGGACAGUUAUAAAUCACAAAUUGGUGGUGCGGGUCCGGUAUCUAAUCUCUUAAAUGCCAUGGGUGUGGGCAUGUCAGCGGCUGCUGCUUGUGAUUCAACUGAAGAUUUAAAAGAAUCAGCUGUUUAAGUUUACACUUAUAUUUAACAUAUACAUACACAUUUAAUUACUAAUCAACUUUGCUAAUAUAUUAUAUCUUUCACUGUUAUCAUCGAAAGUAUUUUUCUAAGCAUUUUUAUCUUUUUUAAUUUGUUUUGUGUCAAAUUUAAAUAUUAUAUAGCUAAUAAAUGCUGUAUUUUCUUAAUUUUUAUUACCACUCUAAACGCCACAUCAUCAUUAAUUACAGGGUACUUAUGUUUAUAUGUGAACGAACGCAUGCAUAACUUGCUCCUUUUUUUGGAGAGCAACAUUUAUUUUUAAGGGUUUAGCUUUUGUUUCUUGUGAAUUAUAUCGUUUAUUAUAUAUAAACAAUAAAAAAACUUUCUAUACAAAAAAAA